ACGUUUUGACGAAAGCGUUCAAAAUGUUUUAGUUAAUACUUAAUGAAGUUGGAUUUAAUUGUAUGAAGAUCAACCGUUACAUCUGAGCUGCAUAUACCUGGAUAUACCACCGAAUUAUGCGUGUUAAACACAAGAGAAUGGAUGUAUCAUUUCGAAAGCAAGAAUGAAUUUGAUGAAGAAGAAGGAUGUCUCCCACAUACCUUGCAUACUUCACAUGCAUCUUCACAUGCAUCUGUACAGCUGCAGCUGGGGUGCUAGGAAAGAAAUGCCAAAGCUUUCCAAAUGACAAGCCUUGCCCUCCAGGGCAUGAGCUGUUACCAGCAAGAUGUGGGCGUGGCCUGAUGGAGUGUGUGCCGUGCAGGGGAGGGCUUCAUCCAAUGUGACUUCACCAACACAAGUUUCCCUGUCAAGUGCUAUCGCAUCGCAUGUCCAGAAAUGGAAGAAGGGGUGACUGAGGCUAGAUUGACCUGGAAUGAUGACAAGACGUGCGCCAUCUCCUGUGUCUGUAACGAGGCCAAGGGAUACACAGGGACCUCGGGCUUCAACUGUAGCCUUCAUAAACACCCAUGUGGAGUGGACAGAGAACUGAAGAAGGGUUCUUGUGUUCCGUGUGACAAGGGGUACCACAAUGCUGAUCCGAAGUUUGGUCGAUGUGUCCCAGAUGACUCUAAGAAGCCUUCCACACAACCAUCAUCAAGCACAUGGAAGUCAUUCUUGGAUUCUGUGACCGAAACAUCACAUCCGACACAAGAUAUCCCGACAAGCCAAGAUGAUGAAAGCUCCAACCAUACAGUCCCUAUCGUGGUGGUUGUAGUGAUCGCAGUUGUGGCCAUCAUCGUUGUCGUUGUUAUUGGUUGUAUUAAAAGUGGAAAAAUAAAUAUUGCAUGCUGUGGACAGGCAAUUCAGGAUUCAAACAAUUCAGACCGUCUACCCAAUGGAACCAAUCACUGUCGCCACAAUGCAGCCGAUGGCAGUUGUCCAAAUGGAACAAUUGGUGGUCAAUCCAACAUCUCAACAGGGCAUCAGCAUCCGAAUGGAGGUUAUCAAACAGCCACAGGUGGUCAGCCGAAUGGAUUUGUUGGUCACUCCACAGAUGCUCACUCAACAGAUGCUCGGACAGAUGGAACCAUCUCAAGUAAUGGUGGAGGAGAGCUUUCUGUUGAAACUACAUGGAACUACUCACUGGACCGAAGUGGAACCAAUGGCGAAUCUGGAGAUCCUAACAUAGGCACAUCGAGUUCCAGCACUUCAAGACAAAGCCCCAACUGUAGUCAAUCAGAGUACUCAACCAGGGCCUUGCUCGAGAUGAUCAGGCCCCCCAACAUGGACAAGACGUCCCUAGGCAUGAUGCUGACACUGCUGAUGACUCUUUACUGAUGAACCUAUUGGGAUCUUCACUGUCUGGAAUAACCACAAGGUCAGCAGACGACUUUGAUCCUGAGCAGAAGAAACAAAAGAUGCCUCUUUCGUCCACAGACGAAGAUGCUGCUGCCUCUUUUGAGGCUAAUGAGACAAAUCAGCCUUUGCUCGACAAUCACAAUUCACAAGCCUUUGGUGAACUGGACAUAAAUAGAUAUUAAGUACUGUCGGAAAUAGCAAUAAACUGUUUUUUCACAUUUA